UAGCGAGGAAUUCCCCGAGGGAGGGUCCUGGCCUCGCCGGCAUCCGCUUGGGAAGCUUGCAGCAUUUCUCUCUCCUACCGGUUCACCUCCUAAGGGAAAGGGAGGCCUGCAGAUGCCGUGCUCUGACAGAUAGGGGACAGUGAGGCAAACCCGUCACACGCUGGGCCAGUGACUGACGUUGGGCCUCCACAUGCCUCAGGGGCCCUCAGGAGGAAUGGCAGCCAUAGGCAGCCUGCUUGGCCUGCUGCGGCAAUGUGUGGUGACAGGGGCCAUCCCUGUGUGCCGCUGCCUACACAUGUCUGCCUGGUGGGCUGACAGCAGCAGAGCCUCGCUCACGCGUGUGCACAGACAGGCCUAUGCUCGCCUCUACCCCGUGCUUCUGGUCAAGCAAGACGGCUCCACCAUCCACAUCCGCUACCGGGAGCCCAGACGGAUGCUGGCGAUGCCGGUAGACUUGGAUGCCCUCUCCCCAGACGAGAGGCGGGCACGGCUCCGCAAACGUGAGGCCCAGCUCCGAGAAAAGGAAGAGGAGCCGGAGCUAAGUGACAACUUUGACCUGGAGUGGUACAAGCAGUUUUGGACCAAGAAGUGACCCUGCUCCAAAGCUGUCCUGGCCUGUGGUGCUGCAGAGGGGGAAGGGUAUUUGCCUUUAAAUGGAAUGUCAGGAUUUUAAA